CAUGGGCAAGUGCAGCGGGCGCUGCACGCUCGUCGCCUUCUGCUGCCUGCAGCUGGUCGCUGCGCUGGAGCGGCAGAUCUUUGACUUCCUGGGCUAUCAAUGGGCUCCUAUCUUAGCCAACUUCCUGCACAUCAUGGCAGUCAUCCUGGGCAUCUUUGGCACCGUGCAGUACCGUUCCCGGUACCUCAUUCUGUAUGCAGCCUGGCUGGUGCUCUGGGUUGGCUGGAAUGCAUUUAUCAUCUGCUUCUACCUGGAGGUUGGACAGCUGUCCCAGGACCGGGACUUCAUCAUGACCUUCAACACGUCCCUGCACCGCUCCUGGUGGAUGGAGAAUGGGCCAGGCUGCCUGGUGACACCUGUCCUGAACUCCCGCCUGGCCCUGGAAGACCACCAUGUCAUCUCUGUCACCGGCUGCCUGCUUGACUAUCCCUACAUCGAAGCACUCAGCAGUGCCCUGCAGAUCUUCCUGGCUCUGUUUGGCUUCGUGUUCGCUUGCUACGUGAGCAAAGUGUUCCUGGAGGAGGAGGACAGCUUUGACUUCAUCGGUGGCUUUGACUCCUACGGAUACCAGGCGCCCCAGAAGACGUCGCAUUUACAACUGCAGCCUCUGUACACGUCGGGGUAGCUUCUGUCCCGCGCCCAUCCAGUUGCCAUGAGCUUGCCGGCCGGACUGAAGCCCAGGCCCGAGCUCGGGCCGAAAUGGCAGGCGCGCCCCCUGGCGGCUCGCGAACCGACUGCAGCCUGCGCCGGCUGGGUCUGCGGCAGACUUGGACUUGGCCCUUCCAGCCUGGCUCCAGGGGUGGGACGGGCUGGGCGGGGGAGGGGAUCGCGGGGUUUGUAUUUUUUUUAUCUCAGCCUUGGCGUGCGCUGGGGCCUCCCUCCCUUCUCCAGCCGCUCCCUUUAGAAACCCUUCACCCCACUUCCGGUCCCCUGUCCAGAGAGAAAUGGCAUUCGCCCCAUCUCACCACACUUGUUCACCAGCCCUGGGGAGAGUUACUGUGAACUAGAAGCAGGAGUCCUGGGUUCCAACUGCAGCUCCAUCACCGACUCUCUGUGUGACAUCUGGCAAGGCCCUUCCUUGCCCUCUCUGGGCCUCAGUUUCCCUCAAUUAAAAUAAUCUCUUAGAAGACGGAGCUCUUUCUAGCCUUUUCAUUUGACUCUUAAUUCCAGGGGCUACGCUGGGAUUAUAAUUCCCAUUUUGCAGAUGUGGAAACUGAGGCCCGGAGAUAGGAAGCGAUUUGCUUGAGGCCACACAGCUAGGCUUUUGGUGGAGGCAGGCCUUGAACACAGCAUACCUACUGUAGUUUCAGACUCCAAAACCCAGUGUCUGGUCUCUGAAUCCCAUUUCCAGGCCCCCAUCCAGCUGGGACACUCUAGAACCCACGUGAUCUACAUCACACACACCACCACCACCUCUCGCCAGCGCCUCUCUUGAAGCAAUAUACCUGUUCUCCUGUUGGGAACCAGAUGAACAGAGCCCAGAGCCCUGAAUUCAGCCUGACCCACAGGGAAGCCCUCCUAGACUCGGCCCCCAUCCACCCUUGGCCAACCUUUCAAGCUCAUUACAGUAAGGGGGAGCGGGCAUAUCUCAGCCACCCCACCCCCUUCCAGGUCCCUGAGGCCGGGUCUGCUGCAGCCACGAUCCCCUGUCCUCUCAGCAACUCCACCAACCCCUGAUGGCUCCAUCCACGUCACCCGUUGGAAGGUUCCAGAAUGGAAGACAGCUGGUCAGCACCUCCUGAUCACCAGUUUUCAAAGAUCACCAGCGUUUAUGACCACUCCAAUGUCCAAGAGAAACCUCUAACAAGCCCAGAGGGAGUUGUGAAGAGGCAGACUGGGAGUGUGGGUCGUGGUGUGGGGUCGGGAGGGCCAGCGCCCCUGAGAGCAAAUAGAGAGAAGAGCUCAUUCUCCCCAGCUCCUUCCACAGACACCCCUGAGGACCUUACUUCCUGUGUACUGGCCGUGAGUCCAAGGGCAGGAGGGGCACCCCUCAGCU